AUGUCUUUGGCCAGUCCGGCCCGAAAUGUGUCGCAUUAUGUCACCAACGCUCAGCCCUCCACAUCGACCGCCCUCUCAACGCCGUUGGCGCCGCUCGCGCACAAUGCGCUCUUGUCGAUUGAGGGCCUGCGCUCCAAUCUCGCCGAAACCAUGGAUCAAUGUUUGGCGGCGCUCGAGAAGGGCGGGCUUCCCACCUUCCCGCAUUCCGGUAGGUGGUUUUGAGAAAUUUCGAGGUGUUUUUUGAACUGCACGUUACCAACGGUCUUUAACAAAGACGUUUGCCAAUAUUUGUGAGAAGAACUGGCAUAGUCUAUGUAAACGAACCUCAAGGAACCAAAAAAUGAUUCGUUACAAGGGUUUAGUUGCAUGGAGAUUCACCUUGGCCUCACAACGAAGCGUAGAACCUGCGAAAUUGUUCAUAAUAGACAGGGUUUGUCGUACCGGAGUUCGUUAUACAAAGGUUCCACUGUAAUAGAUUAAUUUCCUUUACAAUGGUACCUCUGCACAACAAACUCGAGUACAACAACACCUGCCUAAAAACGAACAAAUUUCAGAGGUCCCAGGAAUAACGAAUAAAUUUUUUGGUCCCUUGCGAUUCGUUGUACAGAGGAUUACCUGUGAUAACCUUCAUUUAUUCUUCUUUCGCAGCAUUUGCUCCCAAAUUUUACUCCGAAACUACAAUCUUUGUCUUCUUUUUACUUUUUUUACUCUUUAUCCCCCUACAGUAAACAAAAAGGUCUCGCGAAAGGGUAGAUUCGGAACAGCGUCGAUAUAACAAAACAGUAUUGAAAAAAAAGAAUGUUAAUCCUUCGCUCUACCCACGAACUCAUCCCCAAUUUUAGACGACGGCUCAUUGUGGUGCAACGCGACAUGGGACACUGUGCUUUGCUGGCCGGCCACGCCCGCCGGCUCCACAAUAACCCUACAAUGCCCGCCGUUGAAGGGGCUUAACCCAGCCAGUAAGUCUUAUCCGACAAAGCUCAUGACUAUGCAAAUUUAUAGCACGUUUAAAUGAAUUAAAAUUCCGUUUAAAUGCCAACAAGUAAUUGGCAUAAUUAGAAGUAUAAUUUUUACUGUUAAUCCAAAAAAACUAAUCAAAAAGUAUAUUGGACAUUAAUUACAGAAACAAUAACGAAGAUAUGCCAUUCGAGCGGUCAUUGGCAGGGCAAAACCGCCGACGACUUCUCACGGCCAUACGGAUGGACAAACUUCUCCAUGUGCUUCACUCAACAAGUGGAAGACAUUAUGAGGAUGAGUAACGGGUCACUUGUUGUAAGUCAACCGUCCUUUAAAUUCCAAAAGCAGUUACCACAAAAAUCGGGUAUACUGUAUCUCAGAAUCUCGGGAAAAUAAUGUGGAUUUGUCGCGCAAAUCCACGUUAUUUUCCCAACAGACUGGUGCUGUGCAAUUUUGGCAUUUUUACGAUAUGUUCUGAUCUUAUCACGUUUCUUUCCAGAUGGCACAAGAAAUCGCCAAAAAUACGAGGAAAUUGGAAUUUGUCGGGCUUGGCUUGUCAUUUAUCAGUUUGCUAGUUAGUAUUCUAAUCCUCUCCUCAUUCAGGUAUGUUUUUUCACAAUAACCCAUAUUUUCAACCCAUUUUCAUUCUUUUCUUAUAACUUUUCGGUCACAUUGUCACCCCUUUACCAACUUUUUAACUCAUCAAAAUCUCUACCCAAAAAUUUCAGCCGAUUACGGGUAUUUCGGAACAUGUUGCACCUUCAACUAAUGAUAGCCAUCAUGAUGAUGGUGAUCAUUCGACUUGUCAUCUACAUUGACCUCCAAUUUACGGACAUUUCCCAGCCGAUGGCGGACCUGGGCGGGAAAACCAUCAAUUCAAUGGUGUUUGUCUGCGAGUUGGCCUACUUCCUACUGGAAUACUUCAAAACAGUCGGAUUCUGGUGGAUGUUUUUGGAGGGCUUCUACCUGCAUAACCAACUGGUUUUCACGGUUUUCAAUACGGAACCGAAGCUACUACCCUACCUAGUUGCUGGCUACGGAAUUCCGUUUCUACAUACGAUGCUAUGGCUAGCCGUAAUUGUGGUCAGGAAGCAGGGAAAAGUGGAGAGAUGUCUGGGAAACUACUAUUUGGAGCCAGACUUUUGGAUUUUGGACGGCCCGAGGAUGAUUCAACUGGUUAUCAACACCCUUUUCAUCUGCAACGUGAUACGGGUUCUGUGGUCAAAGGUCCGAGAUUCGCAUAGCACCAGCGAACUGGACAGGAUGAAGUGGGUGUUCGUUUUUCUCUCUUAUAGGGUGAAAGCGAACCUUCAAAAUCAAACCUUUUACGAAGAAAAUUAUACCAAGCAAUAAUUUUUGCAUCCCAAAAACCACAAACUAUUUUACAAGCGAAAAAAUUUCAUUUUUCCAAAACUUAAUGGCUACAAUUUCAGAAAAAGUGUGAAAGCAGCGCUGAUGCUGAUACCAUUGCUGGGAAUUCCCAAUAUAAUGCAGACCAUUCCAUUUUCACCCACUCAGGAAAACAUGAUGGUGAGUUGAUUCUAUUCUCUUUAUACCGUAACACAGUCGGAGAUAGGCUUCCGCGGCAAAAACACACCCUUGACGCAACAAAAUGCUUCCUAAUCACUCCCGCUUCACCGAAAAUAGUCUCUCUGAAAGAAACAACAAUGAGAGAGUUUGUUUCUCUUUGUUUCUUUCAGAGAGGCUAUUUUUGGCCAAGAAAGAAUCACUAGAAAGCAUUUUGUUGCCUCAAGGAUGCAUUUGGAGACAUUUGCACGCUUGAUCCAGUCAAAUGCUGUGAUAACCUUUGAAAAUCACAUUUUAUAUCUUUCCUUAUCCCCAAAUUGUUUUAGUAUUUUGCCAUAUGGACGUACGUCGCGUCCUUCACCUACAUGUAUCAGGGAUUUUUCAUUUCGAUUAUUUAUUGUUUCACCAAUCGGGAGGUAAGUUCAGGCCACUCAAUGCCAAUCUCAUUCUAAUUUUUAGGUGAUAGCGGUUCUAAAGUCGUGCUACCGAAGGUUUAAACUGCAACACUCAACAGAUUUACGAAGGGGAUCCAAAUCGAUCGCUUCGUAUUAUCAAGUCAGGAAUGGGACAACCAGAGUUAGCGUAACUAGUAAACCGGAUGACAGUCGCGAUACUAAAAUUAAGAUGGUAAGAACAUCCCUCGUACAUACUGCACUUUGCAACCCACAAAACAACAAAUUUUUUGUAGAUAGAUCACAAAACAAUAUUUUUAUAUAACGACUCUCCCAGUAACGAUCAUUAUUUUAGAUAUCACCCAGAUGUAACUGCCAAUCGACAGACACCGGAACCGAAAAUGGAUCAACCCCGUUGAACUUCGGAUUUGACGAAAACACGCCUCUAAAAUCUUGCCUUCGCUGUGAUUUGGACUACGACCCGUAUCAAGAUCAGACAACCAAGUAAGAGCUUCAUGCAUAACAAGACUUUCGGCAAGGCCUAUUUUUUGCCAUGGAUAACAUAACUUAGCUCUCUAAAGCUUAGUUUCUAUUGCUAAAUACGCUCUCUAGGCCCUAGAUAAUCCCAUAAUAUCCGUUUAGCAGCUUUAUUCCAACGAUUUUCAAUUCAAAAAGGUUCAUCUUACACGGAUAAUAUUAUUAUCUCCAAAAAAUCCCCUUAAUUGACAGAUUUACCCUUUUGACCUUUAAAGUGCGAGGUUCCGUAAGCCAGCGCCCAAAGAAAGAGUGUUCCCGCUGCGGGACCCAACACGGCAGAUCUCUCUUGCCAGAAAAUAAAGAAAAUAAAUGUUUUUUUGUUGUACAAAAUGGAUCAAACAAUGUGAAAGAUGGAUGGAGAUCAGUGAAGAAGGUAUGUUUUAUUGUGUUUUCUGAUUUAGAGCAGCUCGACAAAAAUUUUUACGAAAUCUGGUCCAAGAUUUUUUUGUGUUUUGAGCGAUUUUUGACAUAACGAAGCAUGAAAAUAGGUGUAGUUUCCCAAAGAACCGUCCAGGAGCGCUGGUGAUUGACUUUUGGUCAAGUUAGAGGCAAAACCUUCACCAAACUGCCUAGUAUAAUAUAAUUUUUUUCCAGGAAUACGAAUCCAGAUGCAGCCAGACGGCUAGACUUCACCACGAGAACUCGUUGAAGCCAGAAGGAUGCUCGAUAUCGUCCAAAGUCAAAGCUGCUUUGACUUUCCAACUUUUUCCGAGGCUGAUGUCGCAUCGAAAAGGUGAGAGUUUUGCUGUGCUUUCACGUUUUAGGCCUGGAUGUCUUUGCUCCUUGAGCAAGGCAAUGGGGUUUCUUCGCAAUGAUGCCAUCUGGAAUGCGGUUGCUUCGUCUUGCGCCACAUCAGACCCAAUAUUCCAGUGUAAUACAAUUUUUUCAGGGGUACCAGCUCAUUCAGUACCAUGUCGGCAGCCCGGUCCGGAGGACUUAGCAGCCCACUCUUACAGAUUCAACAACAGCCAGAUCAAUGGUAUUAUACUUUAUACGAAUAUCAAAAUAUUUAUUGCUAUUUUUACAAUAAAUUGAUUAUGUUUUCCUCAGUGUUUGUCCUCUGCGAGACCUUCUUUAUCGUCCAUAUAACGUCCCACAUGUUUCGCAUAGUCCAAACUUCGCGGUCGGGGGAGUGAUCGCCUAAAAAAAUUGUAUUACACCGGAUAUAUUAGGUCUGCUGUGACGCAAGAUGAAACAACCGCAUUCCAGAUAGCAUCAUUGCGAAGCAACACCCAUUGCCUUGCUCAAGGAGCAAAGACAUCCAGGCCUAAAACGUGAAAGCACAGCAAAACUCUCACCUUUUCGAUGCGACAUCAGCCCCGGAAAAAGUUGGAAGGUCAAAGCAGCAUUGACUUUGGACGAUAUCGAGCAUUCUUCUGGCUUCAACGAGUCCUCGUGGUGAAGUCUAGCCGUCUGGCUGCAUCUGGAUUCGAAUUCCUGGAAAAAAUUAUAUUAUACAGGGUGAUAAAUAAAAAAUGCAACUUUUUUUCAUGGGUCCUGCCGCGAAAAUGUUUAGGUGUAGCGAAAUAUUUUUUAUACCAUUAAAUUCUCCGUGUUUUUCUGUCCUAGUCUUUUGAUUUUCAUGCCCAUAUCGAUUGAUUAUCAUCUUUGUAUUGAGUGUCAAACAGAGGGACCUCGAUUUUAAACCUGUCUCGGGAAGAAAAAGGACAGUGUGAGAUUGCUAAACUGCUCGGUGUAGGAAAAUCUGCUAUGCCAAAAGCCACCAAACGAAUCCACGAGCUUGGCCACGAUGUUAAGUGUCCAGGAAAUAGAAGAAAGCGCAUCUUGAACACUUCUGGCAACUUUGAGAUCAUCAAAAAGCGAGUGAAGCAAAAUCUGAUGGUGUCCAUGAAAAAGAUUGCCCGGCAGACCGUCAUCAACACAACAGCUGGUCGAUGAAUGGCCAGUAAUGCACCAUAGCGCAAGCCUAACAAGCUCCAAAAGACCUAGCGCCUCACGGAACACUACAAGCAAGUACGGCUCAAAAAAUGUCGAAAACUCAAGCGUCGCGCCGCAGCUCAGCGAUGAGAGAAGGUCCUGUUCGCGGAUGAGAAGUAUUUCAACAUCGAGCAGGCCUACAACCACCAGAAUUGCAGGAGUUGGACUGUUGAGAGUCAAAAACCGUCCGCCAUUUUUGAACCCAGUAAAAAUCCGACCUCUCAUGGCCUGGGGCAAAGUCUUGCGCCAGCGGCGUGAUAUCCUUGGUUUUCCUUGGUUUUCUUGGAUAAAGGGGCCAGAACCAAACCGAUAAGUCUACCAGCGACAUUUUGUACACCAUCGUGAUUCCGUGGGCUCAGUAGCACUUUGGCGGUUCAAAACAGACACCGUAGCAUGAUUCCCCCAUCAGCUAUAAAGCAAAAAAGACGCAAGGCCAGGAAAGGACAUGUUUUCCCGAUUUUAUGUGGUCUGCGAAAUCGCCGUCUACUCGCUGGAUCUGAAUCCGGUGGACUAUGUUUUUUGUUGAGUUAGAAGCCAGGACCUCUAGUUCACGCCAAAAAAGUUUGGAGCCGCUAAUUGAUUGCUGCGGUAAGAACGGAACCGAUUUCCCCAAAAAAAGCUUCGGCGAAUCGGCCAAAAUUUAAAGUCACGUUUUGAGCUCUAUCUCGGGGCCAAGAACAGCCACCUUAAAACUGGUCGAGCAUACUAUUAACAAUGCUCUAUGUUACUGAUAUUCACCGUUACUUUGGUUAAGUUUGGUGUUUUAGACAAAAUAUGGCCAUAAAUAUGAGUUGCAUUUUUUCUUUGUCACCCUGUACUAGGCAGUUUGGUGAAGGUUUUGCCUCUAACUUGACCAAAAGUCAAUCACCAGCGCUCCUGGACGGUUCUUUGGGAAACUACACCUAUUUUCAUGCUUCGUUAUGUCAAAAAUUGCGUAAAAUCGCUCAAAACACAAAAAAUCUUGGACCAGAUUUCGUAAAAAUUUUUGCCGAGCUGCUCUAAAUCAGAAAACACAAUAAAACAUACCUUCUUCACUGAUCUCCAUCCAUCUUUCACAUUGUUUGAUCCAUUUUGUACAACAAAAAAACAAUUUUUUUAUUUUCUGGCAAGAGAGAUCUGCCGUGUUGGGUCCCGCAGCGGGAACACUCUUUCUUUGGGCGCUGGCUUACGGAACCUCGCACUUUAAGUUAAGCUUCCGGAUUAUACAUAAAAUAUCUGCGGAUAUCACUAAGCUCAUUUUAUGGUACUAACAGCUUUACAGACCUUCUUUUACAAAAAAAUUUUUUAAUGUCAUGUGCCAUAUAAUUUCCCCUCUAAUACGCAAUUUUCCAGGAAAACCUCAGUUGUCACCUUCCUAAAUGGAGUGGGAUGA